AUGUACAUGCCCCAUCCAUCGCUAACACGGCUGCCUGGAGCACCUCCGCAGUCUAUCGCUAUCCGCAAUUGCCCUCACCGCCGCCCUCGUUACACGCCAGCCCGCACGCUCCCGCCUCGUUGCCCCGCAUUCGUGUUGGCACAGGCAAACCGCCAUGAGCAGCAGCAGUCCCCGUUCUUCCGCCUGCCUCGAGAGCUUCGCGAUCAAGUCUACCGCUAUGCCUUCACCGCAUCGCCGCCUCCAUACCUCCCCGACCCCGAAGAAGGGCUGCCAGUUCCACAAUCGUCACAUGUGGCCCUGCCCCGAUUCACGUGUCGCCGCAUGAGUAUGGAGGCGAGGAACAUAGUGUUCCAGGACAAUAUACAUGUCCUUGAUUGGCUGCAAUGCCGCCGCUCUUACGCUCGCCCAGGCCACUUUCUCCAGCGCCUGUCCAGGCUGGAGCGGAAUCUGCAACAGGCGAUAAACAAGAUCGCACUGUAUACUCCGCCAGAAGACUUGGACGAGCUUCUUGGACCGCUGAGGAUUCACUACGCCUCAAGUUGGAGUCCCGUCAAAAGAUUGGAGGAGCUCAGAAUCAUUCUCAGUGUUCCCACCAUCCGCGAUCCUGCAGUCCGUCGUUCAAGGAUUCAGGAUGAGAACGAGGUCUGUCGGACAGCAUCUUCUCUUGCGCACGUGGACAAGGUGGUCGUCCAGAACAUUUUCUACAUGGACAAGAAUGACUUUAAAGCGCCCGCGCCAGGGAGGAGUUGGAAACUGUUGGACACGGAAGACGACAACCCUCGACUGAAUGACGAUCUCUUCGAAAUGGUGUUUACCUUCUCCUCGCCUUGA